CAUGCGCAACCUCGAAAAGGAAUUGUCGAGGUCGAGUCGUUUGUUCUCUGUAUUUUGGGAGGUUAAAAACGAAGCAAACAUGCCUAUAGAUUACGAUAAAGAUGUAUAUCCAGAGACUCCACGCAAGACUCCGAUCGUCAAUAAGCAGACAAUGCUUCCAAACCCUGCUAUUAUCAUGAGUAAAAUAUUUUAUUACGCCGUGGACUUGCCUGUCACCAUGUUCAGAGAUACUAUUGACAGCAUUCAGUCGAAAAACAAGCUGGUCUACUACCACCGGGUGUACCGUCGUGUUCCUGACUUCACAGAGUGCGAGGAGGGAGAUUUCACCUGCUACUAUGAAGCUGAUAUGCAAUUCCACAGAGAUUUAAUCGUGGAUAGGACGAUUGUGAAUGUGAUACAGGAGCGUUUGCAUCAGUGCGUCCAGAGAGAAGGGGACAGUGCCCUACAGAACUGUGCCAAGGAAAGACAGCAGUUUGAAGACGUGACCAAAAACUACAAUCUGUGCUAUGGAGAAUUGGGGGCAAACAGGAAUGCGAGGAAAUGUCUGAUGAAGCAAAAAGAACGAAUGAUGGCUGCUCAGGCAAAGCGUGCUUAAAAUCUAUUCUUUUG